UCUCGACAAGAUGCACCUUCACCAACAUCUUCAGUUGGAUCAGUGUCUUUUAAUGGUCGCAUAAAGCGAAAAGCUUCAGAUGAUAGAUUUGAACCUUAUUUUAACCCUAAGCGUCGUGCAGUCUCACCAAGUUUAGUUGGCAGUCCACCAGUUGUAACAAGUGUUUUAUCACUAUCUAAUAGUAAUGGUAAUAAUGAUAAUGAUGAUGUUGCACCUGCCCAGCAGCAGAACUCAAAGACAAAUCUUUCUUGUAUUCUGGCCAAUUAUACUAAUGACUCAAUUACUGAUCACAUUCCUCCUUCAAGUGGAAUACGUAUACUACAAUGCUGUCGAGUGUGGAACACAAUAUUUUCUCUGACAACUAAAGCCGAUUGGAAGAGUGAAGUAGCAACUGUUAGCCAAGGGAAUGUUAGUGAAAAUACCAAACUUUGGCUCUUUUCAAACAUUAAAGCUGAAUCAAAAAGAAAAACGAUUGGUAGCAAUGAAUAUAAAAACAAUUCAACAUCAAAUAAAUGUCCAUUUUUAAAAAUUAAUUCAAUAAGCCCAACGCAUGAUUCAACGAUUGUUAAUUUAUGUAUAUCGACAGCUUUUGUUACUAGAGUUGGAUUGGGAUUGGAAUUUGAUGGUUUAUAUUCCGCCGACUAUACACAAAUAGAAGAAACUUCUAAAAACUUAAACACAACCUCAAUGACAUUGUUUACAAAAAAGAAUUUUAUUAAACGAAUCGCAGGUACAUUGGAAAUGGGCAACAUUAAAAGAUUUUACGAACAAUUUUUAUUUUUUAUAAUAAAACCUCUAGGAAUAAGUAGCUUUCCAGCUAAAAAAUUGUUGCUUGUUUCCAGGGCUAUAUAA